AUGACUUUUUAUAAACUUGAUGAUCCUCAAAUAAUUCAUUGUGAUAACGGAAAAGAAUUUAGAAACUCUUGUUUGAUUGAUUUUUGUAAGGAAAAAAACAUUAUUCUGAUACAUGUAAGGCCGAGACAUUCACAAGGUCAAAUCGAACGAUUUAACCAAACACUUACACGUUAUUUGCAAAAGCAUCUGUGUAAUGGCGUGUUUGCUACCGGUAAAAAUUGGACUGCGCUUUUGGAUAAGGUGUUUUAUGAGUAUAAUAUAGCUAUACAUUCUGCAACUAAUAAGUCACCUUUCAAUCCAUUUUUGAUAGAAAUGGGUUCAAUACUGUAA